AUGGCAAUUUUCCUUCGUCGUUUCGUCCACGAUCUCAAAGUGGCCCUUGGUCCUCAUGUCCCUGCUCCUAACACACUGAAUCCCGUUCUGCUUGCGAUCGGCAUCAGAGGUUACUGGAUCCAAUCUCGCAUCUUGCGCAUACCCGAUCGUUAUGGUUUCUUCUCACCCGGACCGGCCCGUUGGCAGGUACAUGAUGCAUCACUUUGUGUCGCUAUAUUGAUGGUCCUUGCGGUCGUCGCUCCUGCCGUGGUUCUUUUACAUGUCUGCCUGACGCUGAAGGAUGGUCACAGACCGCUCUGGGAAGAUGCACUGAUCGGGCUCGCACCUUCUGGGUUGGUUCUUGGUGGGAUAUGGGUUUGGCAAUGUCAUAGUAAGCAGCGCGCGCUAGAUUAUGAGUGGGAGGAUUGGAAAACGAGGAAAGACUGA